AUGCAUAUGCAUAGACAGAAGGCGGAUGAAUCGUAUCUCAUCGGAAGCGGUUUACCACCCGUUCAAGCGUAUCUGAACAUUCCGGAAUAUAUCCGGAUCGCCAGAGAAAAUGAUGUUGACGCCAUACAUCCCGGUUAUGGCUUCCUAUCGGAGCGUGCGGAUUUCGCCGAAGCGUGCAUAAAAGCCGGAAUCCGUUUCAUCGGACCCUCGCCCCGGGUCAUGGCCCAGAUGGGGGACAAGAUCGCAGCCCGAAAGUGCGCUAUCGAUUGUGGAGUACCCGUCGUUCCGGGGACCGAUAAGCCCAUCGAAGACAUCGCGAAGGCCAAGGAGUUUUGCGAGACCCAUGGGCUGCCGGUCAUGCUGAAAGCUGCCUACGGCGGAGGGGGUCGCGGUAUGCGCGUCGUGCGGACCAUGGAGGAACUUGAAGAGAACUUCAACAGAGCCGUCUCAGAAGCUCAGAGUGCUUUCGGAAACGGUGCGAUGUUCAUUGAGAGAUUUAUCGAACACCCCCGUCACAUUGAGGUGCAAGUUCUCGGCGACAAGACCGGUGAAGUUGUUCAUUUAUACGAACGAGACUGCUCGGUCCAGAGACGGCAUCAGAAAGUCAUCGAGAUCGCACCAGCUUCGAACAUACCUCCUGAUGCGCGCAAGGCCAUGCACGACGACGCGAUUAAACUCUGCAAAUUCGCAGGCUACACAAAUGCGGGAACCGUGGAGUUUCUCCUGGACGAAGACGGCCGCCACUAUUUCAUCGAAGUGAACGCCCGCCUUCAGGUGGAACAUACAAUCACCGAAGAGAUCACUGGAGUUGACCUCGUACUGUCCCAGAUCCAAAUCGCCGGCGGUAAGACUCUCGCAGAACUCGGCCUCCGACAGGACGUCAUCAAACCUCAAGGAUGCGCGAUACAGUGUCGCAUCACGACCGAAGAUCCUGCCAAGGGUUUUCAGCCCGAUUGCGGAAGAAUUGAAGUAUUCAGAAGCGGCGAGGGUUUCGGCAUCCGCAAAAUGGAGAGAGCUCUGAGAGAGUUUAGAAUACGGGGAGUCAAAACGAAUAUACCGUUCCUGUUGAACGUCUUUCAGAACGAAGUCUUCCUAGGAGGUAAAUUCGACACGAAUUUCAUCGACGAACAUGCGGAUCUGUUCAAAUUGAGCCCGACGAAGAACCGAGCUCAGAAGCUUCUGUACUAUCUCGGCCACGUGGCUGUGAAUGGGCCGAUGACUCCGCUCGCGACGAAUCUUCAGCCCGUCAAAAUUCGGCCAUUGGUUCCCGACUUCGAUAGCACCCAAAUGGCACCGAGGGGCUUCAAAGACAUACUGGACAAGGAGGGACCGGAGGGCUUCGCGAAGGCCGUCCGACGUCACGAUGGACUCCUCCUGAUGGACACAACGUUCCGAGACGCACAUCAGUCGCUCCUCGCCACCAGGGUUCGGACGUUCGACCUGCUGAGGAUAUCGCCGUUCGUCGCGAACAAGUUCAACAGUUUCUACAGCAUGGAGAACUGGGGUGGAGCAACGUUCGACGUGGCUUUGCGCUUCUUAUACGAGUGUCCUUGGGAGCGCCUCGAGGAAAUGCGCAAGCUCAUCCCGAACAUUCCUUUCCAGAUGCUCCUACGCGGAGCUAACGCGGUCGGUUAUACGUCCUAUCCCGACAAUGCCGUCUACGAAUUCUGCAAAGUCGCAAAAAGCUGCGGCAUGGAUAUAUUCCGGGUUUUCGACUCGCUCAACUAUCUGCCGAACAUGAUGCUCGGCAUCGAUGCCGUCGGCAAAGCAGGCGGUGUCGUGGAGGCCGCCAUUUCCUAUACGGGCGACGUAUCGAAUCCCAACAAAACCAAAUACAAUUUAGAAUAUUAUCUCAAGCUGGCCGAUGAGCUCGUCAAAGCCGGCUCGCACGUUCUGUGCAUAAAGGACAUGGCAGGGCUCCUGAAACCCGAAGCUUGCCGGAUCCUCAUCGGAGCACUACGUGAACGUCAUCCUUCCGUUCCCAUCCAUAUUCACACACAUGACACCGCAGGGGUCGGGGUGGCCUCGAUGGCCGCUUGUGCCGAAUCAGGGGCCGAUGUCGUCGACGUCGCCGUGGAUUCGAUGUCAGGAAUGACUUCGCAGCCCACGAUGGGAGGCCUGGUAGCCUGCCUUCAGCAUACACCCGACGACACUAAAAUCGAUCUCAAGGACGUGAGUCAGUACUCUGCGUAUUGGGAGCAGACGCGCGCGCUCUACGCUCCGUUCGAGUGCACCGCAACAAUGAAAUCCGGAAACGCUGACGUGUACGAGAACGAGAUCCCGGGAGGUCAAUAUACAAAUCUCCAGUUCCAAGCGUUCAGUCUGGGUCUCGGAGAGCAUUUUGAAAAAGUGAAGAAAGCCUACACGCAAGCCAACUUGCUCCUUGGAGACAUCAUCAAAGUGACGCCAUCGUCAAAGGUCGUAGGGGAUCUGGCUCAGUUCAUGGUGCAGAACCGGUUGCAACCACAGGACAUACUGGACAGAGCCGAAGAGUUGAGUUUCCCCAAUUCCGUCGUUGAAUUCAUGCAAGGAUACAUCGGUCAGCCCCAUGGCGGAUUCCCCGAGCCCCUCCGAUCCAAGAUCCUUAAGGACACACAUCGAGUUGUGGGCCGACCGGGCGAACACCUGGAAGAUCUCGAUUUCGACGAUAUCCGAGCGAAGCUCCAGGAGAAAUUCCCAGCGUACCAGAUGAAGGACACCGAUGUGAUGUCGGCAGCCAUGUACCCGAAAGUCUACGAAGACUUCGCUAAAUUCCGCAAAGCGUACGGUCCGGUGGAUAAACUGGACACCCGAGUGUUCCUCAUGGGGCCGCAGGUCGGCGAGGAGGUGGACGUAACUAUUGAACGAGGGAAAACGUUGCACAUAAAAAUGUUGGCUGUUGGUGCGAACGUAACGCCGAAAGGUGAACGAGAGGUAUUCUUCGAAUUGAACGGUCAGCUUCGUUCGGUUCUGAUCGUUGACAAGACUCUCGCCGAGGUCAUAGAGGCGCAUCCGAAGGCCGACAAAGGCAAUAAGGGCAGCGUUGGUGCCCCUAUGCCCGGUACUGUGAUAGAUAUCCGCGUACAAACUGGUGACUCAGUGAAGAAAGGAGAUGCUCUGGUCGUGCUCAGUGCCAUGAAGAUGGAGAUGGUAGUUCAGGCUCCGAUAGCUGGCAAAGUCAAGAACGUUGCGGUUUCGAAAGAAAUGCGACUUCAAGGUGACGAUCUUCUCGUAGAUAUCCUGCCCAGCGAAUGA